AGUUUGCAACGUGUCAACGGGGUCCGGGGACUCCGGGGAUCGCAGCUGAUAACCGCAAUAGAGCACAUGAGACAGGUGAUUGACAGGUGGCAGACAAUGGAGCGUGAUUGAAGCUGAUGUGAGAAAAGGGGAGCAAAGGAUGAUUCAGUGUCUCGAGCAGUCCGGGGCGCGCAAUUCAACUGUGUUCGACAUAUCAGACGAUGUAGCGCUCGCUCAGAUAAAGCGGAAUGAUACUGCACUUAUUGUUAGAUAAGGACGCAAAACUAUGGUCACAAAUAAUUGCUAAUUACCAAUUAUAUAAUUGCUUUAUUCGCUCCAAGGAUACGCAGUAAGAAAAGGAUGCGUUACCGCAUGACCGAGAACGUAACGUCGACCAGUGAAUGAUACAACGAUUGUUUUAUUCUCUCUUCCAUUUCUUUUUUUAUUGCCUCCGGAGUCUGUUGAUCCCAUAAAUGUUUCGAAGGUGCAUUCUCAUUAGAGGGCUUCGCGGUACCGCGAAUGCGUCGACGGAGGCUGUUGCAGCUGCAGAGACCCCGUCCCGGUUGCAGCGGCUCAGAAUCAAGUUGCGGGAGGACGAACAACAUGGGAUACUCACGGACACGUUUGGACGUGUGCACACGUAUCUUAGGAUUUCUUUAACGGAACGUUGUAAUCUCCGCUGUACGUAUUGCAUGCCUGCAGAGGGUGUUAAAUUAACCAAGACGGAAGGUAUCCUAAGAACGGACGAGAUAAUACAGAUAGCCGAUCUUUUUGUUAAAGAAGGAGUGCGUAAAAUACGUUUGACUGGCGGCGAGCCCACAGUUCGAAAAGACAUUAUUGAUAUAGUUGGACAAUUGAAGCAAUUGAAAGAUUUGGAGCAAGUGGCGAUCACAACUAAUGGGCUAACUCUGACACGUCAAUUACCAGCUCUUCAGAGAGCAGGGUUAGAUGCGCUUAAUAUAUCAUUAGACACUCUCAAAGAAGAACGCUUUGAGCUAUUCACUCGCAGAAAGGGCUGGGCAAGAGUUAUGGCUUCCAUAGAUCUUGCUGUUCAGCUUGGGUAUAAUCCCGUGAAGGUCAACUGUGUGAUAAUGCGAGGACGUAAUGACGAUGAAAUAAUUGAUUUUAUCGGCUUUACGAAAGACAGGCCUAUCGAUGUACGUUUUAUAGAGUACAUGCCGUUUCAAGGGAACGAAUGGAAGGAGAAUAAAAUGGUUUCUUUUGAAGAAAUGAAAGCAAUAAUCCGAGGGAAAUAUCCGAAUUUCCAAGCUCUACCAAAUCAACCUAACGACACGUCUAAGGCCUAUCAUGUACCAGGAUUCGUAGGACGAGUUGGAUUCAUUACGUCCAUGAGUCAACAUUUCUGCAAUUCGUGUAAUCGUUUAAGAAUAACGGCGGAUGGAAAUUUAAAAGUAUGCCUAUUUGAAGGAAAAGGCGAAGUCUCACUUCGAGACGCUUUGCGAAGUAAAGCUUCGGAAGAUGAACUCAGGAAUUUGAUACGAGGAGCAGUAUCGCGAAAAAAGAAGCAGCACGCAGGGAUGUUCAAUCUCACUCAGAUGGAAAAUAGGCCAAUGAUUCUGAUUGGGGGUUAAUUAAUCAUUACGAUAAUUAAAUAAUUCUAUUAAAACACAUUCGGCUUUGUCGAAACGCGCACAGAUAUUAUUGUAAACUCUCCA